UCUUCACAAACACAAACUAAAGUACUCGUGAUUCUAUUUAAAGCGCACACAGCUUUAGAACAGAGAAAAGUGCGUACAUGUUUCCAGAUACAAAUUGUUGCGUGUGGUUCAUUGGUUAGGAAGAAGAAUAAAAGGUUGAGACAUAAAAACCCCAAAAAGGGUGUUCGAGAAACAAGGUUUUUUGUUGAGAGAUGGAACAGCUAAAGUAUAAGGUUGUCGAAGCUGAUAAUAACAAAGGACCAGUUGAGGAGUGUGGUCUUGCUCGUUCUUUUUCUUCUUCUGAGUCUGGAUUUUCAAGUGGUUCAUCGUUGGAUUCUGAUUCAUUUGAAGAAGUUACAUCCCCUGCUUCUUCUUCUUCUUCUUCGUCUGAUCAACUUGCAAAUGAGCCGUUGAAUGACAUGUCUUUUUUGUUUCAACAACUUCCCAUCAAGAGGGGGCUUUCAAAGUAUUACGAGGGGAAGUCACAGUCUUUCACUUCAUUAGCAAAAGUGAGGAGCUUGGAGGAUCUAGCCAAGCCAGAGAAUCCAUACAAUAAGAAGUUGAAGUCUUGGAGAAGCUAUGGAUGGGGAAUGGAUGAGACACAAGGAGGUCCUUGUGCUAUCUCUAGGCAUGGUUCUCAUUCUCAAAAUCAAAGGGGUUCAUGUUCUUCCUUGAGUGUAAAUAGGGGCAGUGAGAGAAGUACCCCAAUCCCACCACAUGGAUCUACCACUACUAGCUCUAUUCCUAAUCAAACAGCUCUGUUUGUUUGAAAGGGAUCAAAAGACAAGUUCAUCAGAUUGAAGGGUUUUUUGUUCUUUUGGUAAAUUAAUAGUUGAGUGGUAUAUGGUGUAAGGAAUUUUCAGUCAUAGUCUUUAAAAGUGUAAUUAGUUGUCACAUUAUGUUGAUUUAAUUAUUUUCAUUCUCAUAGAAAGCGGAUUAGAAGUUUAAUUUUAAUAUAUCCUCAGUUUAAUUUUUAA